AUGGACGAGACGGGUGAGAAGGCGACUGUUACCAUCCUGCUCCUCGGAGAUCCGGGUUGUGGUAAGUCGACCUUCUUAUCUCGGCUGAAGACUCUAAAACCAAGCCCGCCAUCUCAAGCAAAAGGGGAACCAAAAGAGCCUUUGCAGCUCCUCCAUGACAGCAAUCAACCGUUUGUCUAUGAUAUCCGGUUUUCAAAGAAGUCAUUCAGACUGGAGUUUUACGACACGGCAAGCCCUAACCAGCACUGGACAACAUUGCAGCCUGACGUUGUUCUAUUGGCGUUUGAUAUAUCCAACAGAGCAACUCUAGAUGGAUUGAAAGGGUUUCUGUCUCAGUCUGCUGAACACGAGAAAAAAAAAUCAACUUUUAGUGGCGCAAUGAUAUCACCCGAUAUUUCCAAAGUGGAGCAGGCGAACUCUUACCGCAUUGCUCAAGAGCUCCAUUGUGACUGCUAUGCGGAAUGCUCUGCCGUUACAGGGGAGCUUAUGGCUGAAACCUUUGAAGAUAUUGCAAAGACUGCAGCAAUGACCACCACAGCCAGCGGAGGGCAGAGUGCAGGCGGCUGUACAAUCCUUUGA